AUGGAAGGAAGAAGGAUUACAGCUAGCCCUAGACCUUGUAGUGGAAGAAGAGUUGUGGCGAAAAAAAGGUCUCGACCUGAUGGGUUUGUCAAUAGCGUCAAAAAGCUUCAACGAAGAGAAAUCUCGUCUCGUAAGGAUCGAGCUUUCUCUAUUAGCACUGCCCAGGAGAGAUUUCGCAACAUGCGUCUCGUGGAGCAAUAUGAUACUCACGACCCCAAAGGACAUUGUUUAGUUGCAUUACCGUUUUUGAUGAAAAGAACUAAAGUUAUUGAGAUUGUUGCUGCAAGAGACAUUGUCUUUGCGCUUGCUCAUUCUGGUGUCUGUGCAGCUUUCAGUAGAGAAACGAACAGAAGAAUUUGCUUUUUAAAUGUUAGUCCAGAUGAAGUUAUCAGGAGCUUGUUCUACAACAAGAACAAUGAUUCUCUCAUCACAGUUUCGGUUUAUGCUUCAGAUAAUUUCAGUUCUUUGAAAUGCAGAUCCACUAGAAUUGAGUAUAUUCUGAGAGGUCAGCCAGAUGCAGGGUUUGCUCUUUUUGAGUCUGAAUCAUUAAAGUGGCCUGGUUUUGUAGAGUUUGAUGAUGUCAAUGGAAAGGUGCUUACGUAUUCUGCGCAAGACAGUGUGUACAAGGUUUUUGAUCUGAAAAACUAUACCAUGCUAUAUUCCAUAUCAGAUAAAAAUGUCCAAGAAAUUAAGAUCAGUCCAGGGAUAAUGUUAUUGAUUUACAAGAGAGCUACUAGUCAUGUUCCUUUGAAGAUUCUAUCGAUAGAAGAUGGCACAGUUCUCAAGUCCUUCAAUCACUUGCUUCACAGAAACAAGAAAGUUGAUUUCAUUGAACAAUUCAAUGAGAAACUUCUUGUAAAGCAAGAGAAUGAGAAUCUCCAAAUUCUUGAUGUCAGAAACGCUGAGCUAAUGGAAGUUAGUAGAGCUGAGUUCAUGACACCGUCUGCGUUCAUAUUUCUGUAUGAGAACCAGCUGUUUUUAACAUUCAGGAAUCGAAACGUUUCUGUGUGGAAUUUUCGUGGAGAGCUUGUGACUUCCUUUGAGGACCAUCUUCUAUGGCAUCCGGACUGUAACACAAAUAAUAUCUACAUAACAAGCGAUCAAGAUCUGAUCAUCUCGUAUUGCAAAGCAGAUACGGAAGAUCAGUGGAUAGAAGGAAAUGCGGGAUCAAUCAAUAUCAGCAAUAUAUUGACUGGGAAAUGCUUAGCUAAGAUAACACCGAGCAGUGGACCUCCAAAAGAAGAAGAGAGCAGUAGCAGUUGUUUGGGUAAGACGAAGAACUCAAAGCAACAAAGAAACGCGGUAGCUGAAGCUUUGGAAGACAUAACCGCUCUUUUCUAUGACGAAGAACGCAAUGAGAUAUACACAGGAAACAGACACGGCCUUGUUCAUGUAUGGUCCAAUUGA